UGUCAGCUGGAAUAAUUCAUUGCCAACCUCUCUCCACGCACUUGGAGACACCCACUUCGUUCUUUCUUCUCUUUCUGCUCUAUAUCGCAGUUUAAUUCUUUCCCUUCCUUGUUGUGGUUCUCCUUACCUUGCUCUCGCAGGCUAAUUGAGCCCCCAUAUCCAGUCCGCAAGGACCAACCUCCUACCAAGGCUGCGCAUUUGACGCCCCUAUCAAAGUUUCGCUACCAAACAUGGCAUCCAGAACUGGUGCCGACCUUCAAGCAGAUGGGCUGCGAAGGAGAGUCCCUGAGCCGGCCUCGCAAAUCGCGAGGCCGCGCGACGCAGAAGAAAAGUCGAAGCAGAAGGCAACAACUUUCCUCUCGAUCCUCGAUGAUUAUGAAUUUAUAAUUGCGCCCAUCAUAUUCACGGCGCUCGCAUUCUUCACCCGCUUGUGGAAGAUUGGUCUCUCGCCGAUUGUGACCUGGGAUGAAGCACAUUUUGGUAAAUUCGGGUCCCAUUACCUGAAGCGCGAGUUCUACUUCGAUGUCCAUCCGCCUCUGGGAAAAAUGCUCGUCGGUCUCUCGGGCUACAUGGCUGGUUACAAUGGUUCUUUCGAAUUCAAAUCCGGCGAGACGUAUCCUGAAGAACUCAACUAUACCUUUAUGCGCGCAUUUAAUGCCACAUUCGGAGCCCUGUGCGUCCCACUGGCUUACUUCACGGCGAAAGAAUUAAACUUGCGGAGGAACACUGUAUGGCUUGUUACCAUGAUGGUUCUAUUCGAGAACUCAUACACCACGAUCAGCCGCUUCAUCCUCCUUGACUCUAUGCUUUUGUUCUUUACGUUCACGACGGUAUUCUGUUGGUCCAAAUUCCAUAGGUGGCAGAUUGACCCCUUCUCGCCUGAGUGGGGACUUUGGUUGAUGCUGUGCGGUGUGUCUAUCGGAUGUGUUUGCUCUGUCAAGUGGGUUGGAUUCUUCGUGACUGCCAUGGUUGGCCUUUAUACAGCAGAGGAUUUAUGGAACAAGUUUGGAGACCUCAAGAUGCCCAAGGCUGAACUCGGAGCUCAUCUCGGAUUUAGAGUCUUCGGCUUGAUUUUUAUUCCACUCAUGGUGUACAUGUUCUCUUUCUGGAUCCAUUUCCUGAUCCUUGAGAACAGUGGACCUGGGGACGCUCAGAUGAGUUCAUUGUUCCAGGCGAAUUUGCGCGGCACCGAGGUUGGUAAAGACAGCCCCUUGGAGGUCGCCAUUGGUUCGAGGGUCACAUUGAAAAACAUGGGUUACGGUGGUGGACUUCUUCAUUCCCAUCAUCAGACUUUCCCAGAGGGUUCUCAGCAGCAGCAGAUCACUUGCUACCACCACAAAGAUGCAAACAACGACUGGUUUGUCUAUCCUAACCGCGCACAACCUGAUUACAACCCUGAAGGCGAACUUCGCUUUCCUGGAGACAAGGACACUAUCCGCCUCAUUCAUGCUCAGACUGGCCGUAACCUUCAUUCUCAUGCUAUUGCUGCGCCAGUCACCAAAGCCGAUUGGGAGGUCUCUUGCUAUGGCAAUACUACAGUUGGCGACACUAAAGAUCACUGGAUUAUCGAGGUCGUACGUGACGCUGCAUCAAGCGAUCGUUCGAGGCUUCGCACUCUGACCACCUCUUUCCGAUUGAAGCAUGCAGACUUGGGGUGCUAUCUCCGCGCUGGCAACGUGAACCUACCACAAUGGGGUUUCAAGCAGAUUGAAACAACUUGUGUCAAGCAGAACAAGCCACGUGACGUAUAUACUCAUUGGAAUGUCGAGAGCCACACAAAUGAAAAGCUUCCGAAGGGUGAUCCUGGCUCUUACAAGUCCCCUUUCCUCCAGGACUUCAUCCACCUUAAUGUGGCUAUGAUGACAUCUAACAAUGCGCUCGUUCCAGACCCGGACAAACAGGACGACCUGGCUUCCCAAUUCUGGCAAUGGCCUAUCCUCAACGUCGGUCUCCGCAUGUGUGGCUGGGAUGACAAGAUCGUCAAAUACUUCCUUCUUGGUAACCCACUGGUGUACUGGGGUAGUACCGCGUCUCUAGGUGCCACUGUGCUUCUCGUCGCCUGGUAUCUUGUCCGCUGGCAACGAGGCUACAACGACCUCAAGCAAUAUGACAUCGACCACAUCCAUUACUCCGGUAUCUACCCAGUCAUCGGCUGGUUCUUGCACUACUUCCCGUUCAUCGCCAUGGCACGUGUCACGUAUGUACAUCACUACUACCCAGCGCUGUAUUUUGCUAUUCUCUCGGCUGGUUUCGUGACAGACUGGACGACGAGCCGCCUGAAUAAGCAGAUACAGUGGGGGAUCUACGCCGUCCUCUAUGCCGCAGUCAUCGGACUGUUCUGGCUCUUCAGAGCGAUCAGCUUUGGUAUGGAAGGUAGCCACAAGCAGUGGGCGCACCUUAAAUGGUUCUCGACUUGGCGUAUAAGCGAAUGAGAUGUUAAGAAUCAAAGAUGACUUGCUUAGAACUUCGAGUCAGCGUUCACUUUUCGACUCAUGACACAUAGAUGGUUGGCGCAAUGACAUGAAAGAGAGAUGUUCUAUAACGAGUUGUUGGAACAGUAUAGUUGGGCGUGUGUACGAUGAGAUUCGGUAGAUAUCCGCGUUAAAACUCCAAUCAUGAAUAUCAACAUGUCUUAAUAAAAGUGCAUGGCAGGAAUGCGACAUUCCGAAAGCUACGGACUGAUUGGUUCAACAGUCAGCCGACAAGUCCUUCCAAGAGAGGAUUUUUUUUAUUGCCACGAAGCCCUUCAGUCAUGUACAUGGCACUUCUCCGGUCUUGGGUUGUGCUGUAGUCCUCCGAUGCUGUCUAACAGUGAUGGAAAUAGUAUGCAUCCUACUUUAUGCAGCCGUCUUCGAAGCACAUCAGAUACAAAUCAAGAUAUACGAGGAGUGGGACUACCUUCAU